AUCUCAUCCAACAGCAAAUCGAACACUGCCCGAGAGCCGAUUUUGCGAAAAAGUUGCAAUUUUUCUGUUUGGAAAUUUAAAAAAGAAAAAUGGCAGCAAAACGGAUCGCUUCGAGCUCCAUUAACUGGGCGGCGAUAGCGGAAAAGGUUCCAGAGAAUCAGAGAGUUUUCUUCAAUGCGUUGAAAGGGAGGAGCGAUGGGUAUUUGCGAAGAGUGCUGUCCAACCCAGAAUCUGCACCGAAAAUCGACUGGGCGGCGUACAAGGCGAAAGUGUCGCCCGCACUGGUAGAUUCGUUCCAGAAACAGUACGAUGCUUUUAAGGUGCCAUACCCCUCGGAUAAGUACAGCGCCGAGAUUGCGACACAAGAACAGCAAGCGGCGAAAGAAAUCCAGGCCUUCAUUGCUGGUUCCAACGAGCGAAUUAAAGUUAAUCAGGCCGGAAUUGCAAAGUGGGACGAUGUCCUUCCCUUCGAAGAGAUGACGUUGGAAGACUUCAAGGACGCUUUCCCCGAACACUCGCUCGACUUUAUUAACAAGCCGACCUUCUGGCCCCACACGCCUGAGGAACAACCCGGCUACAAGCCACCAAAAGAUCAAGUGGCCGCCCAUUAGAAAAAAUAAAUUCGCCACGUUAUGUCGUCGCCAUCAUCAAUAAACAACACAGAACGAGCAGUAGUCUCCAAUCUUCCUCUUCAGUCAUCUUGAAUCACGUAGUAGAUAAAUAAAUAUACCCAAAUUAUUGAUGAUUUAAAAGUCAACACCAAUUACCUGUUCAUCAUCGCUCUGUUUAAUUGAAUAAAAAUAAAUAGGUACCACAGUAUGUAAA